ACUGCAGCAGAAGUAACAACCUAUUUUUGCUCCCCAAGUCUUCAACAACAGCAACACUUUCCUCCCCAACCGGCUGGUGGCAACAGCGUCCGCGAAGCGUUCAAUCGCGAGCUGGAGAAGAAGUGCGAGCCUCCUGCAGGUGUUUGGAGGAAGUAGCUAUGUACGGAAUAUUGCAAAAGAAAUAGCGAUUAUCCUUAUAUUAAUACAAUACAGAACAAGAAGACACUCCCACGAGGUCGGAAUUUGUUGUCCGGGUUCUCGUGUUAGCCCCAAUAGGAGGCGCCCGCCAUCGCCAUGGGAACGACGACGAGCGAGCCGUGCAUCUACGACAAGCUUUCAGAGAGCAUCGACAUCCUGCGCCAGUCGGGUUAUCGCUACGGCAUGUCGGAGCGGGAGAUCGAGCGCUUCAUCAAGCGCAUGCUGGAGACAAACGAGCCCCGACGAGAGCCCCCGCAGUUCCCCCUCCUCGGGGCCACCGUCAAACUGGUGGUGGCGGCGGGCCUCCUGCUGCUGGUGGCGCUGGCGUUCACGUACCCGCACAGCGCCCCGCACCCGGGCGCCGCCCGCCUGGGGUCCCGCAACUGGUCGUCGCCGCUCACCCACGUGCGGCUGCUGGCGUUGCCCAUCGCCAAGAAGUACAACCUGCAAGGCUUCCACGAGUGGUGGAGUUUGAGUUCGCCGAGACAGAACCCGGUCAACUGCUCGGGCUGCGCCGACAUCUCCUCGGUGCUGGAGGUGCCCGAGAGCCUCCGCGGUACCGUCACGCUGCGUCGCGGGCCUCAGCUCGUCCUCUUAAAGGGCGGCGAGUCGCUCAGCCUCGAGCGGCGUCAGCUGGAGGAGCUCUACUCGGCCCACUCGGCGUCCGUGUCGGUUCUGCUCGAAGACGACAAUGACGAAGGCGGCGGCACGCACAACCUCGCCGGCGGCCUCCCGCAAGGGCCCGCCAACUUCACCCUGCUGUGGAGGUUCAACUCAGCCACCAGAGAGAAAGUGUUACGGUGGCUGUUCCCCAAGGCGGAGCUCUGCCCCCUGCUGGACGGCGCCGGCACUGUCUUGCAACGCUGCCUGGUCACACACAACACGGAAGCCCACAACAAGGGCGUGGCGGUCCUGGGCUGGCUGGUGGUGGGCGAGGGGCUCCCCACGGUGCGAGUUGCGCCCGUUCAACGAUGCCACAAGCACUGCAGCUCCUUCAAGCUGUUACUCAACCCCGGAGACAUGGUGUACGCCGACCCCCGCUACUGGCAGAUGGCGCUCUUCCCCGGCCGCGGACAGAACAUCGCGUGCGACGGCUCCGCGUUUUAGUCAACGCCAACGUCCCGACGCCCCCGUCGAGGCGGCGCUCGUCCGUCCGUCUGCUGCGGUCCCGCGCACUGAAGAUGCCUUAUGACCCCCCUAGAGAUAAAGAACUGGAACGUGGCGAGAAAAGGCACGGCGUGCUACGUGUGCCAAAAAAAAAAAAAAAAAAAAUGCAACAACGCCAAGAUGAACAAUUAUGUGUAGCAAAAAGGUCCAGGAAUGACGCCGCGUCACUUUUCGUCUCACCUUCCAGGACCUGCUUACUUCUUUUGAAUUUUGCACAAGACUGAAAAGCUGCUUCUCUUCUUUCUUAUUUAUUGGUAUUAUUGGAUGUAUGACUCAGAAUGCUGUUUUAUGUUCAGAUGUUGCGAGACUUAGCAACAACUCGUGGGACCAAAAAACAUGAAUGCAGGAGGAAUUAAAAAAAAUAUAUGUAUGGAUCAGCAUUCUUAAAAAAAAAAAAAAAAAAAGUAUAAUUGACAGAAUAUAUAAUUUUUCAUUAAUUUAAUUUCAUGUAUGAAAACCUCAUCAGGACUAGUUUCAGGAAGUAGCUGGGUGAUGUAUGAUUGUUUAAUUUUAUUUACAUGUAAAUGAAUUUAUUCCUAAUUGAUAGGUCUAUAUAUACAAUAACUUUAAUAUUUUCUUCCACUCAUUUAAAUACAUCUACAUUAUUUUUGUUUUAAUGAGUACCUGAACGGUUGAUCGGCUGGCCGAUUAAAGUGGAAAAUGUUAGCGCUUUUAUAAUUGGCAAAAAAGAAAAAUUCUUAAAAAUUACAACCCGAAAAAAAAAAUUCUGCACUUUUUCCUGGUAUAAGUUUAAAUAAGGACAAAGUAUUGUAAAACAAAAUGUUAUACCUGUAAUUCAUGUCUUUGUUGUAAGGGACAAAAAUGUGUUGUUUCUCAAAUGAGUGGCAAUCAGUUCAUAUAUCAAAAAUCAUAUUUUGGCAAAUCUUGUAAUCAGCAU